AGUCCUCUCUCGCGCGCGCGUGUGUGCGCGUGUGUGUGUGUGCGCGCGCCCGCAGCGGCCGACCUCCAGAAGUGUCGCUGGACCCCUGAGUCCACCCGCGCGUACCUUCUCGGUCUCCGGAGACCCACCCACAUCGGCAAGCUUCGCGUGUGAGCGUGUGAUGCCUGUGCUGCCCCGAGGAUUGACUCCCGCCAGAGCGUCGUUGUGAUGACUGCCGACGGGCACCUGUUGGCGGCGACGUAGGGACCCCCCUACCUCUCUCCCGAUGGCACGAGCGCCGGCCCACGCCUGAGGAUGAGGCAGCGGCAGGCCGCGCGGCUGGUUCGAGUCCCGUCCGGGGUGGUCGUGGCGACGGUGCUGGCCGUGGCGCUCUGCCUGAGGCCGGCGCGCACCGCCAAGGACAUUCCCUCGUCCCACGUGCAAGCCAUCGUGGGAGACGCAGUGCGCCUGCCCUGCGACGUGUCCGCGCACGAGCGUGGAGACGCCGUGGUGCUGGUGCUGUGGUACCGAGAGGACCUCGGCACCCCGAUAUACAGCGUGGACACGCGCGAGAAGGACUUCUCGCAGGCGGAGCGCUGGUCGGACGAGCGCGUGUUCGCGAACCGCGCCUACUUCAUGGUCGACAAGCAGCCGGCAGAGCUCGGCAUCGACCACGUGCAGGAGGCUGACGGCGGCGUGUACCGCUGCCGCGUCGACUUCAAGGUGGCGCAGACCCGCAACAGCAAGGUCAACCUCACCGUCGUAGUGCCGCCCCAGAAGCUGGUGAUCAGGGACGAGGCAGGGCUGGAGCGGGCCUCGGUCGUCGGUCCGUACGGCGAGGGGGCCUCCUUGCUGCUUCGCUGCGACGUGUUCGGAGGAAAGCCCAAGCCUACGGUCCUGUGGUACAGGAACGACGAGAUGCAGAGCACCCAGGAGGAGGCGGGGGAUGUCGGCGACCAAGUGCGCAGUGAGCUGGUGAUCAUGAACCUGGGGCGAGAAGACCUGCACUCGCAGCUCCGGUGCGUGGCGAGAAACAACAACAGGACACAGCCGCUGGAGGCCACCGUGCACGUCGACAUGAACUUCGCACCGCUGGACGUGCGGAUACUGGGGGCGGACCAGCCACUGUCUCAAGGCCGGCGCUACGACCUUCUGUGCCAGUCCUCGGGGUCCAGACCUCCUGCCAGCAUCACCUGGUGGAGGGAUGGCCACCGUCUAGAAGGAUCCAAAGAGACAACGGCCAGCGACGGCAACACGACUACCAGCACGCUGACUCUGCGGCCCUCCAAGGAGGACGCCGGCAGGUACCUGUCCUGCCGCGCGGAGAACACGGUCCUCUCCAGCGAGGCCCUGGAGGACGGCUGGAAGCUCGACAUACAGUACGUUCCGGAAGUCCAGAUUCACCUCGGCACUUCGCUCGACGCUGAAAGUAUUCGCGAAGGAACGGAUGUCUACUUCGACUGCACAGUAGAUGCUCACCCGGCUAUCUACAAAGUCGAGUGGAGACACAACGGUAAAACCCUACACCACAAUGUCAGCCAGCGGGUGCUCGUUACCAACCAGUCCCUAGUGCUGCAGGGCGUGAGCAGGGCCAGUGCUGGGAACUACACGUGUGUCGGCUACAACACCGAAGGAGACGGCGAGAGCGCACCUUUCUACCUGAACGUCAUGUAUGCCCCGACGUGCCGACCCAGCCUGACGAGGGUGCACGGCGUGGCCAAGCAGGAGAAGGUGAACAUAUCGUGCGAGGUGGAGGCCAACCCCUCCCAGGUCACCUUCCGCUGGAUGUUCAACAACUCGGCGGAGGCGGUGGACGUUCCGUCGGCGCACAUCCUGUUGCAAGGCAACUCCAGCGUGGUCUCCUACACGCCCAUGACGGACCUGGACUACGGCACUCUCCUGUGCUGGGCCACUAACACCAUCGGCAACCAGCGCAAGCCCUGCGUCUUUCACAUCAUCCCCGCUGGCCGGCCGGACUUGGUGCGCAACUGCUCGGUCGCCAACUCGUCGAUGACGUCGUUCUCGAUCCGCUGCCAGGAAGGCUACAACGGCGGCCUGCCGCAGUCCUUCCUGCUGGAGGUGCGCGACUCCAGCAGCCACGAGGUGCGCGUCAACAUGACCGGCUCCUACCCUCGCUUCUCCGUCGCCGGGCUCGACCCGUCCAGCCACUACCUAGUCUACGUGUACUCGUUCAACCUGAAGGGCCGCAGCGAGCCGGUGGUCACGCAGGCCUCCACGCUGCGGCUGCCCGAGAAGCAGCUCACGGCCGAGAAGGAGCGGCCGAGGACCGGGUUCCGGUUCACGCCGAUGAUGAGCGUGCUGGUCGGCAUCUUCACGGCGCUGGUGAUCGUGGCCGUGGUGAUCGUGCUGGUGCUGAGGCUGCAGUGCUCUCGCAACGAGGACCGCCGCAAGAGGCACAAGGCGGCGGAGCAGCGCUGUGGCGGCAGCAGCGGCAGCUCCGGCGACAAGGGCGGCAGCAGCCCCGUCAGCAAGCUGGACCCCGGGGGGAACGAGAGCGGCGACAGCGACGAGAAGAACCCCGACAUCAUCCCGCAGCCCUGCAGCGUGGACAGCGAGGAGCACGCGGACUUCCUGCGCAAGCGGCAGCACAUAUCAACCAUCGAGACCAUGUCGCCCUCCAGGAGCCUGCUGCAGCAGGACCUGCCCGGCCACGGCUACCCGGGCUACUGCACCCUGAGGAACGGCAUGCCUCUGCAGGAGCUCAACAGCAUCGGCGCCAAGCAGAAGAUGUUCCGACGUGCGCCGAGGGUCGUUGCUCCCGCGGUCAUUCACCUGGCUCCGAGCGUCGCCCACAGCAUCGACAUCGACAUCGACAUCGACAUUGACUUCGCCACCGCGGCAGCUGUCUUCGGCCGUUCACGUUGGACUGCCGGAGUCGGGGUGGUCUACCCCCCAGGCGCGGCGAGCACCCUGCCGCGCCAGCAGCACCACUGGGGGGGCUGCCGGCCCCCAGGGGGGGUGCUCAUGCCCGGCAUGUGCCACCGCCCCCUCCAGCCGCCCCCGCAGCCGCCCCCGGAGGAGGAGGCGGGCGCCGACACCCCGCUCGUCCCCCCGGCCAGCAAGCGCGAGAGCGCCGUCUGA